AUUGCUCUUCAAGAAGCUGCCUAAACAGCUUAUCUCUUGUAGCAUCUUAUUGUUUUUUUUCUUUGUUUUUCUAGGAUCUAGUUCAGGAUCAAAAUUAAAAGUUCCUGAGCUGAGCAUAAAUGGCAUACAUCACGUUGUUCAAGCAGGCCAGACUUUAAAUCUCACCUGCAGGGGGGAAAUGGUUCAUUCAUGGUCUUUGCCUGAAACUCUAAGUAAGGAUAGCAAAAGGCUGAAAGUAAUUAAAUAUGCCUGUGGAAGGAAUGGGAAGCAGUCCUGCAGCAGUCUGACCUUGAGCAGAACUCAAGCAAGUGACACUGGAAACUAUAGCUGCAAAUACCCAACAAGUCCAGUGAAAAAGAAGAAGGAAUCUACAGUCUAUGUAUUUGUUAACGAUACAGGCAAUCCAUUUGUAGAGAUGCACAGUGAUAUACCUAAAAUAAUACACAUGUCUGUGGGAAGAGAAAUGAUCAUUCCAUGCAGAGUCACAGCACCAAACGUUGCUGUUACAUUAAAAAAGAUUCCACGAGAAACUCUAAUUCCUGAUGGCAAAACAAUAAUCUGGGACAGCAUGAAAGGCUUCAGAAUACCUAAGGCAACCUACAAAUUCAUAGGGCUCCUGAGCUGUGAGACAACGGUCGGUGGACACAAGUAUAGCACGAAGUACCUAACACACCGAGAAACCAACACCAUUUUUGACGUUCAGUUAAGCACCCCGCGUCUUGUCAAGUUGCUGAAAGGAGACAGCCUGGCAAUUAACUGCACUGUCACUGCUGCCUGGAACACCAGAGUGCAGAUGACGUGGACUUAUCCUGGAGAGACAAGGAGGAGAGGUUCUGUAACACAGCGUAUUGACCAGAAGAACGCAGAAGCCAAUAUUUUUUACAGUAUCCUUGUUGUUGACAAAGUGCGUGAUAUUGAUAAAGGCCAGUAUACCUGCCACGUGAAGAGCGGGCCAUCAAUCAAAGCCGUCAACACAACAGUCAUUGUUUAUGACAAAAUGUUCAUUAAUUUGAAACGUCGAAGAAAAACUGCACUGGAGGCUGUAGCUGGAAGAAAAUCCUAUCGUUUGUCAAUGAAAGUGAAGGCAUUUCCCUCUCCAGAGGUUAUAUGGCUAAAAGAUGGACUACCUGCUGCUGAAAAGUGUGCCCGGUACAUGGUUAAAGACUAUUCAUUAAUCAUCAAGGAUGUUGCUGAGGAAGAUGCUGGAAACUACACUAUAAUAUUGAGCAUACGGCAGUGGAAUCUGUCUAAGAAUCUUACAGUCACUCUUAGAGUAAAUGUGAAACCUCAGAUAUACGAAAAUGCCGUGUCAUCAUUCCCUGAUCCCAAUCUGUAUUUACUGAGCAGCAAACAAGUGCUGACAUGCACUGUGUAUGGUAUUCCUCAGCCUAAAAUUACAUGGAUGUGGUAUCCCUGUAGACAAAACCAUUCUAAAACAAGGCAUGGCUUUUGUGCUUAUACUGAAGGAUCUUUCAUCCUGAAAUCUGGCAGCAAUGUAGGAAACAGAAUCCAGAGCAUCACUGAGCGAACAGCUGUAAUAGAGGGCAAAAAUAAGGUAUGA